UUACUAUUAUGAAUAAUGCUGCUAUGAACAUUUUUGUAAAAGUUUUUGUGUAGAUGUAAGAUUUUUAUUCUUUCCCCAUGGUUUUACCAAUAUCAUUGCCUGUCCCACCACAACCGCCACUAAUACGUCUACCACCAUCACCACCCCUACUCCUGCUAACACCACCACUGCCUCAAUUACCGCUACCUUACCUUUUCCACUGGCUCUACCACCUCUAUAUCAUCUUAACUAGCAUUCCCAUCACCUCUACCCUUAUUACCACUGCCAUUAUAAUCACCAUCAUCGCCUCCAUCGCCACCGUCACUGCCACUGCCACCAUCACCACCACCACCUGUACUACCACCAUCUCCUCUGCCAGCAUUGUCAUCACCGCUUCCGUCACCUCUGCCACCUCCUCCACCUCUCCCUACAUUCCCAUAGUAGCCAUGCAGAUUGCCUUGGUUGGCUGUCAGAUAAUUCUAUCCAUAAAAGCAUCUCUGGAGGUUUGGCGAGAGCAAUUAAGGAGCAAGAACAAUGAUGGCAGUAAAGGUGUGCAGUUCUUUAACCUUUUCCCAAGCCUGAGAACAGGCUCUAUAAGUAGCCAGAGGCUCUUAGAAGUUAUUCUAAGGACCAAUAGUAAUAACAAACUAUUCCUUAAAAUUAAGGUAGUAGAAAGGAUGCUAGAAGAUGGGAAAAGUGAAUAAAUUUACUGCCUAUGUCAAAGCUGCCAAGGGGUCAAAUAUGGGCCACAUUUGAAAAUUCUGUUCCAAACUCCAUCUGUUCUUAACCAGAUGAGUGAGUGUGUUUCCGCAUCAUUUGAGUAAUUAAAACCUCUCACUAGAUACAUGAAGAGUAAGAUACAGGUAUUUUGCUUUAAGGCCUGUCACAUGAUCCUUUCUGAAGCAUAUUUCUUUUGAUGAUUGAGUUUAUCCAGCCAUGGCUUUUAUGCUGUCAUCUCUUUUAGGCUAAAGGGAGACAUAUGCCCCAGGGAUGAAUCAGCUCUGGGUAAUGUGGCAACUCAGAAAGUACAUUUGAAAUAAAAUGAUUAGGGCAAUGUGGAACACUGUGAAAGCUCAAUCUUCUACCUCCCUCAUACAUGGCACUGACAGAGGACCCUUCUGCAAAAGACCAGAAGGUGAAGGGUGGCCCCAGAUUGCAGUAACAGAGUCCCUUUUCUCUUGUUAGACUCUCAUUUCUGUUUUUACCCUCCUUCCACAUCCUCCUCCAGCCUCUGCUUUCACCAACUUUCCCCAAUCUCUGUGUCACUAAUUCACUAAUAAAUUGAUGAUUGCACUGAAAAUGAAGAGAAGAGAAAGGAAAGAAAAUCCGUAUUUUGUGAUCAUCUAUCUAGUACAUGCCAGGCACUGUCCUAAGUGCUUCAUUUAUGUUGACUCAUUAAACUCUUC